UCCUCCCCAACAGGGUAUACAAAGCAAGUGAGCUUUGAUUAUUUUGUACACAAAACAAAACAAGUUAAAUUCUAUGUUAAAGCAUGAGCGAACAAAGUGCAAAGCAAGCAAAUGGCCAGGCCAACAACGCCUUUCCAUUGACAGCCGAUGAGAUAGAAGAGCUGAAGGACACAGAUAUGGAAAUGUUUAGAAAAAUCGAAGAGAUCUGUGCACCGAACCAGCAAGGAAAUUAUGCGCGUCGCAAAGCAACUUCAAUGAAGGAAAUGGGAUAUGAAUUUGAUAUGGAUCUGGAAUGCAAUCUGGUUUUCAGUCCAGAGAAGCUAGAAAAGCAUAUGAUUGAGUUGAUAAGGAAUCGCAAGCAAACGGAUAUCAAGGUUGUGGUGCAUGGGCACAGCUUCAAGUGUCACCAAAUGAUACUGCAACUAUACACAAAUUACUUUAAAAAUGUGACUGUCUUCGAGAGUGCUUACAUCAAUUCGGAUAGUGUGACACCUUUGGGAUUUGAGUUGGCCUACGAAUGGAUGACAAAGAUGGAGCUUGUGCCACAACGCGAUCACAUUGUUGAUCUCUAUAUGGCAGCACGUUUUCUGGAAAUGCCAGAGCUUGAAGAGUUGCUUUCUCAUGACUUUCAGAAUCGUGAACUCUUUGAUGGACCCAACGCCUUUGAUCUGUUUGUGGAGACGCUGCCCUUUGAGGAAACGCCGCUGCAGCAGCUGAUGUUAACGAGAGUUAGUCACUACUUUCUCUCAGCUGUGGGCAGCAGAGAAUUCUGUGAGUUGAACGAAAAGCAAGUGCAUGCGAUGCUGAGCAGCAAUGUGGCAGGUGUGAAUAGUGAGCUAGAGAUCUUUAUGUCUGCAGUGCGUUGGUUCGAUGAAGCGUGGCACAUACGCAAAGAGCACAUCGAGUUUGUGAUUACAGCCGUGAGGUUUCAGUUGAUGCCGCCUUGGGCUUUGCUCUCUUUAAAAGCCACUCAAACGCAUCCUUUGAUGAAGCUCAUCUGUGAGCAUCCUUUUGUUAUGGAACGCAUCAAUGCAGGACUUUCAACUGCUGUGACUCAACGAGUAGAAACUGAGCUGGACUUGAAAACUGGCUCCGAUCGCGAGUGGAUCAUUGAUGAGCAAGCUGCCCAUCAUCAUGUCUACAAGUGCCCCAAUUGGCAGCUUUUAAGCUACACGCAGUUUGAUUCUUAUCUUAAGCAAGUCUCCGAUGCUGGGCCACUUUUUCACACCACACUCAAGGCCAGGCAAUUUGCCAAUUUGAUGGCCUGUUGUCAGGCAAAAUAUUUGGAAGCCCCCAACACUUCGAAUACCGAUUAAAGUUCUUAGCUAUUCAAAUAU